CAGAAUUCACCCCACUAUUAAACUAGAGCAAAGUCCACAGCAGGUUUCAUGGAGAAGUGCCGAGCAAAGGCCAGAACUCCAGGAAAGGACUACCACAGACCACGGACAGUCGCCUGUCCUGAGUGAGGAUCCCUGCGCCAGCCCCAACUGUGGGGGGCCAUGAGCUCUGUGCUGUCCACCUUCUUGCAGGAACUCCCAGGCCCGUUCCUAGUCCUGGGGAUCUUCCUGCCCGUGACUCUGCUGCUUCUCCUCCUGAUUGCCUACUUCAGGAUCAAAUUGAUGGCGGUUGAUGAAGAACUGUCUCAGAUUUCUGAUCGCCAAAACAAGUAUGGUUCUUCCCUAUAUAGGCAAAUGAGACGAAGGUGACUGUUGGGAUCACUCAGUGGAUAAAGCACCGUGAAUUCUAAAGGUCACAGAGCAGUGGUCAACAGAACCCUGGGGAAAUGAGGACAGUGAAUGCAUCAGCUACUAUCACAAGACAUCUAUGUGAUCUGGUAUUAAUGGCAGUUCUUCAGAAAGUGCCAAGGACUAAAAAUCUUAUUAUGCUCAAUGCAUGAGGCACAUCAUGAGUUUCUUUUAUUGUGACUACAUUUACUUUGGGGGGGGGUGUUUUUAAAAUAAAAUUUUUAGACCUCAUCAUAUCACUAUACGAAAGCUCACAUAAUUUUCCCUUUAAAGGUGAGGAAACCCUGACAGAAAGCAAAUAGUAAAAGAUGGUGCUUGGAGGGAGAGUAUGGAUGUGCCACACAAGAGUCUUCCAUUUGACCCUCUAGCUGGUCUAAAACAUGGCAGCUUCAGACAACAUUCAAGACCUUUGUGUCUCUUCUCUUCCCAACUGCUUUAAGUCAUCUCUGUGGCAGGCCACCACAAAUAAGUGGAGUCUCGAUGGUAUGAGUCACUCACUAACAUAGCUCUCCACAUGGCGGAGAUAUUGAUGUGGUCGUACCCGGGAAAGGAAGAGAAGGCAAUGGUCAUGUAAUCCCCCAAGACAAUAAUUCAAGUUUUUUAGUAAAACCCAAACAUCUGGGAGCUAUUUCUAAAUAGAAAGUCAGCACUUCACUAGCAGAAUUCGUAUCAUUCAGUGGACUCUAAAGAACACAGAUAAUUGAAAAAAAGCAGCAUUGAUUCAAGGUGACAGUUAAGAUUAUGCUCACUACCAUGUUCACCAUACUUCUCUAGUUAAUAGCAACAAAAUGUUCAGUACUCCCUAAACCUGGCUGUAUUCAAACCUUUGCACAUGUCUCCAUUGUGCUUUGAGUGGGUUACUUAUGAAACAAGUGUGGUCUUUUUUUUUUUUAAAGUACCAAUUUUGGUAGUGACAGUAAUACAAGCAUACAAGACUGUAAUAAUAUGAAGGCAGAAUGUCUCACUGUAGUCUGAUACUUCUGACUCUUUCAGCCCCUCCCUGAAAUUCUUCACAGGCGUUCAGUGACCUUUCUGUUGGCACUUCUCAAGAAAUGUAACUCUCAGCUCAACUGAAGACAUUCACUUGUCCAUUUCAAUAGCACUCAAUUAUAUUGAGAAUGUAUGUUGGGUCUUUCAGAGUUGGGUAAUUUCUAAGUGUUAAUGCCAUAUGGAAGAAAUAACACUAUACUUCCAGUUCUGGGAAGGAUCUCUUUAUAGCCUCUGGUGGAAGCAGUUUGUGUAAAAAUGCUUUCUUCAACAGGAGGUGUGAAAGGACACAGCAGAGUCCCAUCUUGGGCAGCUGCCAGCCAAAUCUGUGGUUCAGCCAUCAGAGGUUGCUCCCUCUUCCCCCAGAAACAGGAACAUCAGAAGUCUGAGCUUUGGCUUUGAUGGAUGUCUGAUCACUAGCUUGACUACUGUGGUAACAGAUGAGCUUGGAACACACAUAUUCUAUACAGUAAGCAUAACCACAUUGUCAAAGGAUGACUUUGUGUUCCAGGACUCAAUGAGAGUAAAGAAUUAACAAAACCA